AUGGCGCCGUGGCUUCAGGUCGUGGAGGCAUUCCUGGUUCAGCAGCUUCUCCGCCAGCCCACCUUCCAUCGCGCCGUGGAGAAGGUGGCGAAGGGUGUGCACCGGCUACGCCAUGGUACGCCACCAGAGGAGUUAGGCGGCACGAAGCUCGAUCAGCCUUCAGGCAUGCUCGGCCACUUCCUGGACGAGGUCAAGACGCAGCUU